AUGGCGGCAGCAGCAGUGGGAAAACUGCAGCAGAAAACAUCAGCUCAGGUCAGAGGAAGAGGAGAGAAGCGGAAAGCAGAGGAUGAUGCUUUUCAGAGUGUUUCUGAUGGGGGCAAACCAUAUGCUCUGCGGAAACGCAUCAAAGUUUCAGAGAUGAAGAACACAAGAGAAGACACCGACACAGAGACGUCCAGCUCAGGAUCUAUACUUGACAAAUAUGUGCUUGGAAAGAAGCUGGGACAGGGAAACGGUGGCAUUGUCUAUGUGGCUACACGGAAAUCUGAUGGCCAGAAGGUUGCUAUAAAAGUUGUGAAUAAGAAGCGUUACCCAGUGUUGUGCAACGUGGUUGGAUUUAAAACGAAUGUGAUCCCUGAAGCACGUAAUAUGAUGAUCCUCAAGAGACCUCCGCUCUGCCCGCACAUCAUAGAGCUCUAUGAGUACGCCAUGGAGGGAAGGAAUAACUACCUAGUCAUUGAGUACGCAUCGUCGUACAUAACCUUGGCCAAAUUCAUGAAGAAGAACCAUGGCCGCCUGAGUGAGAGUGUUGCGCGGCUGCUGAUCAUGCAGCUCAUUAUUGCAACACAGCGCUGCCUUGAGCAUGGCAUAGAACAUGAGUCCAUACAUAGCGAAAACAUCCUGGUCAAUCCAAAGACCCUGCAGCUCAAGCUGAUUGAUUUUGGCCACAGUUAUUGUGUUAGAAGAGGCUACAGGAGAGACCCCACUCUUGGAGUAACGAGAUACCGUCAACAGGAGCGGGAACCCUACAGAGAAAUUCUUUUUGCUGUUGGAUCAUAUGUCACAGAUGUUAGACGACUGCUGUCCUUUAUGGUCAGUGGAUAUCCCUGUUUCUCCAAAUAUGGACGUCCACGAUUUCACCCCAGUUUGUCAGCAGAAUGCCGGGACCUGUUAUGGUGGUUAAUCGGUUUCUACCCUCGAACAGGACCUGUUUUAGAGGAGAUUUUAGAGCACAAGUGGUUCAGCAUGAAGUAG